AUUUGGUUACGAUGAGUUCUGUUGAGCGAGUACGAUGGACUAACCUAACCCUAACGUAUCCUAACCUAAUCUCAGCGGGCGGUGGAAUCUGGAGAGUCACCUUGACGCGCGCGCGCCAAGGCUGCGAGCUGAAACCAUUGUCACGAGACGUGCAUACGAGAAGAAUGGGACGCAGAUUCUUCGUUGGCGGUAACUGGAAGAUGAAUGGCACCAAGAGCGAGAUCGAUGACAUUGUCGCGUUCCUCAAGACCGGUCCUCUCGAUCCUAAUGCCGAGGUUGUAGUUGGCGUUCCGUCGAUAUAUCUCACCUACGUGGCUUCCAUCGUUCCCAGCAACGUUAGCGUGAGUGCGCAGAACGCGUACAAAGUUGCCAAAGGAGCGUUCACCGGUGAAAUUAGUCCGGGUAUGCUUCUCGACAAUGGCGUUCCCUGGGUAAUUCUUGGCCACUCGGAGCGUCGAAACGUCUUUGGCGAAACGGACGAGUUGAUUGCAGAGAAAGUUGCGCAUGCUUUGGAAGCUGGACUGAAGGUGAUUGCGUGUAUAGGCGAGAAAUUGGAGGAGCGUGAAGCCGGAAAGACUGAACAAGUUGUUUACAGACAAACCAAGGCGAUAGCGGAUAAAAUUAAAUCGUGGGACAACGUGGUCCUGGCUUACGAACCAGUAUGGGCGAUCGGUACGGGUAAGACCGCGACGCCGCAGCAAGCGCAAGAGGUUCAUGAAAAGUUACGCGAGUGGCUGACCAAGAAUGUCAAGCCUGAUGUCGCGCAGACUCUUCGAAUUAUCUACGGUGGCUCCGUAACAGCAGCUAACGCGAAAGACCUGGGGAAAGAGAAGGAUAUCGAUGGCUUCUUGGUCGGCGGCGCGUCCUUGAAGCCCGACUUUGUACAAAUCGUCAAUGCUCGUGCUUGUUGAAACUACAUGACAUUUAGUCGGAUACGUCACAUAAUCCACCGCCAAUAUACUUCCGGUACUCGUCAGUCAGUGACCUUAAUCUUUAUCUGUCUGAUUUGUAGUCUGGUUUAUUAAAUGCAAAUUCAGAAACGGA